AUAAUUUCAUUAAUUUAAUAUCACAUCUUACGCAUAAAAAAUAAUUAUUAUUGUGUACCAGAGAAAAAUCGCGAUGGCUCUGAAUUUAGUGGACGUGAAAAGCGAAUACGCUAAAGACAAGGAUUUGAAGGAGGAAGACGUGAAGGCGUUCAUAGAAUGGGUAAACAAGCAGCCGCAUCUGCCAGAAAUUAACGAGGUUCAAGCAAUUCUGUUCCUGCAAAGUUGCUACUUCCGAAAUGAGGCUGCCAAGGCUGCGAUUGACACGUAUUUUACAGUCAGGACUCUCUGCCCCGACUUGUUUUUCGAGAGGAAUCCAAAGAACUCUCCUCUGAAAGAAGGUCUAGAUGUUACAUUGUUCUCAGUUCUCCCAAAACUGACGCCAGAUGGCUAUAGCAUCAUUUUUAUGAAGCUGAUGGACUCCAAUCCAGACAACUAUAAUUUUGCUAUGCAACUUAAAUACUUUGAUAUGGUUUGCAUGCAGUACCUGCACCAACAAGGUACUUCCAAAGGGCAUCUGAUCGUUUUGGACAUGAAGGGUGUCGUUUUUGGUCAUCUUACCAAACUUGGGCCUCUUACGAUGAAGAAGUUCUUGUACUACUUACAAGAAGCGAUGCCUCUAAGACUAAAAGGUUUACAUUACUUCAACAUCGUGCCAUUUAUGGAUAAAAUUCUCGCUCUGAUGAAGCCCUUCAUGAAAAAGGAACUUAUGGACAUGCUUUAUUUGCAUAAUACUGCAGAUGACAUGACUAAAUUUGUUCCCAAGGAUUGCCUACCUCAAGAUUAUGGAGGUUCCGUUGAGCCCCUGAAUGUUUUACAUGAAAAAGUCAAAAGCAACUUAAUGCAAAAUGUUCCAUUUUUUGAAUGGGAAGAUAAACAUAGUGUUGAUGAAAGUAGACGGCAAGGAAAACCGAAGAAUGUUAGUGACUACUUUGGAGUUGAGGGCACUUUCAAGAAGUUGGAGUUGGAUUAGAUUGUGAUUUAAUCACUGCUUUAAUAGUGCAAUUAAUAAUGUCCAUUUGCUUUAAAAUGUAAGAUCAUUCGUAAGAUAAACAACUUGACAGCUGCUGAAUUAGUUUUGUUUUCAACUGUUUUGUAGCUUCGCUUGAGAAAUCUGUGGGCACAAAUAUACAUAUAUGUGUCAUUUUA